AUGGAGCACUCGGAAGGAGGCGAGCAGAGCCAGCAGCAGCAGCAGCCCUGGGGGAAGCUGAUCCGGCUGGGGGCUGAUGACGCAGCGCACGUCUUGCUGCUGAAAAGGGAAUGGACAAUUGGUCGGAAGAAAGGUUGUGACUUAUCUUUCCCUGGCAACAAGUUGGUGUCUGGAGAUCACUGUAAAAUCAUAGUGGAUGAAGAAUCUGGUCAAGUGUCAUUGGAAGAUACAAGUACUAAUGGAACAGUAAUUAAUAAACUGAAAGUGGUUAAGAAGCAGACAUACCCUUUACAGACUGGGGAUGUGAUCUAUGUUGUUUACAGAAAAAAUGAGCCAGAGAACAAUGUUGCUUAUCUUUAUGAAUCCUUAAACACAAAACACGAUGCAACUCAAGAACCAGUAGAAGUUAAUGUAGAAAACCAAUGCCAUGUGACCAAAGAUACCUCAAGUACAGGAAGAAGUAAUGAUGAGACCCAAAUUACCUCAUCACCGUCAGCUACUCAGUCUUGUUAUGAGGAACCACAGCCAUCUACUUCUACAUCUAACCUCUUUAAUGCUUCUUCUACCUCUCUUAUGGAUAAUCCUUCUACAUCUGGAUCACAAUCCUCAGUUUUCACUCCUGUGCCUGCUUUCCCCAUCUUAGAAUCUGUGUGUCUAAGAGCACUGCAUGACGAACAUGAAAAGCUGGAUAUGAAUACUGAAACUUCUGCAAUCACUUCAGAAGUCACUGACAAAGAAAAAGCAGAAUCAGAUUCUGAAAAGACAGGGGAGGAGGAAGGUUUGGAACCUGCUAAGAAGAAACUAAAAGGAGAUGAAGAUGCUUGUCCAAAUCUUUCACCAGCAGCUCCAAGUGAAUGUAUAAUUAAAAUUGGCUCUGAAGAUGCAAAAACAUCAAAUGUGAAACCGGAUAAGAUGGAAGAAACAUUAACUUGCAUUAUCUGCCAAGAACUGCUGCAUGACUGUGUAAGCUUGCAGCCUUGUAUGCAUACUUUUUGUGCUGCCUGCUACUCAGGAUGGAUGGAAAGAUCUUCUCUAUGUCCAACUUGUCGUUGUCCAGUAGAACGUAUUUGUAAAAAUCACAUAUUGAACAACUUGGUUGAAGCUUAUCUGAUUCAGCAUCCAGAUAAAUGUCGUAAUGAAGAUGAUGUACGUAGCAUGGAUGCUAGAAACAAAAUUACUCAAGACAUGUUGCAACCUAAGGUGAGGAGAUCUUUUUCGGACGAGGAGGGAAGUUCUGAAGAUUUAUUGGAAUUGUCAGAUGUAGAUAGUGAAUCUUCAGAUAUCAGUCAACCAUAUAUAGUAUGCAGACAGUGCCCAGGGUAUCGAAGACACUCUGUUCCAACUCUGCCUGGCACAGGCCAAGAGACAGAAGCAGGAGGAAUGCAAGCACUGGGAGAUGCGCCAUCUACAUCUGCCAACUUCCCUGCAGCUGUCCAGGAAUAUGUGUGUCCUGCUCAAGGAAGUCAUGUAAUAUGUACCUGCUGCUUUCAGCCAAUGCCUGACCGAAGAGCAGAGCGUGAACAGAAUCCUCAUGUUGCUCCUCAGCAAUGUACAGUUUGUCUGCAACCCUUCUGUCACUUAUACUGGGGCUGCACUCGGAUGGCAUGUUUUGGCUGUUUGGCACCAUUCUGUGAAAUAAAUCUUGGUGAUAAGUGUUUAGAUGGAGUCCUAAAUAACAACCACUACGAGUCAGAUAUCCUAAAGGAUUACCUGGCAUCCAGGGGUUUGACAUGGAAAAAUAUGUUAAACGAAAGUCUCUUAGCUCUUCAAAGAGGAGUUUUUAUGUUGUCAGAUUAUAGAAUUACUGGGAACACAGUGCUUUGCUACUGUUGUGGCCUUCGGAGCUUUCGAGAACUUGCCUACCAGUACAGGCAGAAUAUUCCUGUUGCUGAAUUGCCAGUGACUGUCACAUCACGUCCUGAUUGCUACUGGGGGCGCAACUGUCGAACUCAGGUCAAAGCACAUCAUGCCAUGAAAUUCAAUCACAUUUGUGAACAAACACGAUUCAAGAACUGAAUACUUGUAGUCUGUAGAGAAGGGACAAAAACCUGUUACACUGCUUGUACAUUUUAAGGUUUCAGGGGAUCUUCUCAGUUCCCCCAUAGCAGGGAAUCAAUAACUUUUGCAUCAGAUAAUCUGAUGUGAACUUUUUCGUCUGUAGAAUUUUACAGCUGUACAUGAAUAAGGUAGAUUUUUGGUUUUUUUCCAAGAAAGUCCAGCAAGCAUUGCAUUCCAUCCUCAUGACUACAGUGUCCCUGUAUCACUUCA